AUGGGCGGCGGGAAAAAAGCCCGUAACUCGGCAGUGGCGCCGAUCUUUAGGCAGAAGCCCGAGCAGACCCGGGCGCCAUCUUCGGAGGCCCCCCUUACGGACUCAGACUCUGAAAUGAGCAGCCACGCUCACUCGGAACGUACUGAAGCCCCCCUCACCAGGAACGAUAUGCGGGGCUUCCUGGCCGACUUUAAACAGUCCGUGGCUGAAGAACUUGAAAAAAGGCUAUGCCCCAUACUGGCAACCAUGUCGGAACUCUCAGCUCGAACACAGGCCACAGAAGACAAAAUGGCGGCCACUGAAGAAACGGUAUCAACACAGGGGACCGAGAUACAAACUCUCCGAGACCAAUUGCGCUCACUUGAAGACGCAAAUGAAGACCUGAACAACAGAACACGGCGGAACAACAUUAGAGUGAGGGGCAUUCCGGAAUCCGUCUCCACAGACCUACUCACCGACACUCUCACAGAGGUCUUCCAAACCCUGCUCCCAGAAGCUACAGCUGCCGACCUCCUUAUGGACCGGGCUCACAGAGCAUUGCGAGCUCCCAGUGCCAACAUGGCCACCCCCAGGGAUAUCAUCGUCAAACUACACUUUUACCACAUUAAAGAACGCAUUAUGAAAGCAGCCCGAGAUAGCCCUGUGGUGGUGGAGGGGGUUCCGGUCCAGCUGUUCCAGGAUCUGGCGCCGACCACCCUGAAACGCAGGAGAGACCUGCGUCCACUCACACAGCACCUUACCCGACAUGGCCUCCGGUAUGCCUGGGGUCACCCCUUCAGGAUCAUCAUCCGCAAAGAUGGCAGGUUCCACUCCAUCACGAAACCGGAGGAAAUCCCCACGCUCCUGGACCAGCUGGACCUACCGCAACUACCCGACACAGCGCACCCCAGGGCCGACCAGGCUCACCAACGAUCGCUGGCCAGCAACCUGCCCACCAGACCCGGUGAACGCAUGCACCGGAAUGCGGCUCUCAACCAGCCGGAAAACUCACCGCACUGA